UCUCCUCUCCGUAUCACUCCUCCAUCUUUGUCGUCAUUGUGAGAAAGCCUGGGAGUGGCAGGAAGGAGUAGAGGCAGAGGGAAAAGAAGAAGAUAGACGAAGAAGAAGAACCGUUCAGGAUUUUCCUAAAUAUUUACUCAGCAUCCUUCCACAGCAGCAUGGCUGAGGGCUCAGCUUCUGUAGCAGAGGUGCAGAGCUCCUUCUACAAGUUUGCAGUCCAUGGAGACACCAAGGCCACAGGGAAGGAGAUGAAUGGCAAGAACUUUGCCAAGCUCUGCAAAGACUGCACCAUCAUCGACGGCAAGAACGUCACCACCACAGAUGUUGACAUUGUUUUCAGCAAAGUCAAGGCGAAGUCAGCUCGUGUAAUCACAUUUGAGCAGUUCAACCAGGCCCUGACUGAGUUGGCUCCCAAACGAUUUAAAGGCAAGAACAAAGAUGAGGCACUUCAGCAGCUCUAUGGUCUCAUUAUUGGGAGAGAACCCACUAAUGUCGGAGUCACUAAAGUAGCGAAGGCAGCAGCAGUGGACAGACUGACUGACACCACCAAGUACACCGGUUCACACAAGGAGCGCUUCGACGAAUCAGGCAAAGGAAAAGGGAAGUCCGGGCGUGAGGACAUCCCAGACACCAGUGGAUACGUGUCCGCUUACAAGGGCAGCGGCACCUAUGAUGACAAAGUGAAAGAAGCAUAAUCCUGCUGAGAAUCUAUACAAACUUUGCUUCACCAGUAACCUGAAUUAAGGGUCCUAAGAGAACAACAUGUAUUGCCUUCCCUGUUUUUAAAGACAUAACAAAUGAGGAAAACUAUUUAUUGGAAUGUAGCAUGUGUGACUAAUACUGUUGUGUAUAUUUUGUGUUGUUUUACAGGGACUGAAGGACAGAACUAUUUGCUUUGCACUAUGCACUAACACUGUGCCUUAUUGUAGCCGCUGGUGUAAAUGCUCUGAUAGAGCGUGCUGCUUUACUCAUUUGCCUCAAUGCAACAAAGGCUGACUUUGCUGGUUCCAAAAAAUGACACAACUUUCACUCACUAAGCUUUAUAUUUCAAUAUGCUCUGCUACAUGACCAAUCAGUGUCCAUUGUUAUGGAAUCUAUUCAUAUCAUUAAAUGCAUUUUUUAAAAAUUAUAUUAUCUAGCAAAAUGUAAUAAAUAGUAAAGGAUAAAGACUUGGAUGAUGCUAAAAUGUAUAGAAUACCCAUAAACAGUCAGUGUCUUCCUUUGUCAUCUUGUGGUGAUUAUUAAGACUCGUGUCAUUUCGUGUUGUCUUCUUUUCUUCCUAGGUUAUAGGAAUACAGAAUGUCAUUUUUUCCCUGAAUGAAAAUGCAUUUAAAGAAACGUCAGUGUAAAACUGAAUAAAUGUCGAAACAUGCGUCAAAAUAUCUAUCUUACAUGGACAAGGUUAUUUAUCUUAUAUUUACAUUGCAGCAUUCUGCAGAGUAACAUGAUUGCAGAAGAAACUCAUUUGGGUGCUUUAAUUCAUAAUUCAAACAUUCCACAUUUAAGAAAAUUUCUAUAUAUUGUCUACAGAAUUUAAAUGCAUGUUAUGUAAUGCAUCAUUUUAUUAAAACAACUUCUGGACAUGA